GCCGCCCCGUUUCCGCUUCCGGCCACGCCCCCUCCCCACGCGCUGCCCACCGGUUCCAUUGAGUAGUUCCCGCGCGCGGGAAGCGCUCGCGCCGCUCGCGGCGGCCGCCGAUUGGCUGAGAGGAGAGGAGGGGGGGCGCUGAGGUACGGCGGGCGCUGAUUUGUUGCGAGAGCGGGAGGCGGGACUAACCGGGAGAGCGGCGGGCGCUGAUUGGUUGAACGGGGGCGCGGCCUAAGCCGGAAAGGGGCGUGGUCUCGGUGAUGCCGAAGCGCGGGAAAAAGGAGGAGGCGGCGAAGGACGGAGAGGGGGUGCCCCCCAAGGUGCCCAAGGCCUCCCCCGCCCCCCAGUACGAGGACCCCCCGCUCCGGGAGGAGACCCCCGGGGGGCGGCGCUGGACCCUCAAGGUGACCUCGUGGAACGUCGACGGGCUGAGAGCCUGGGUCAAGAAAGGGGGGGCCCAGUGGGUGCAGGAGGAGGCCCCGGACGUUCUGUGCCUGCAGGAGACGAAAUGUGCGGGUCCCUCCGUGCCCCCCGAGGUCCGGGGGCUGCCGGGGCUGCCCCACCAGUUCUGGGCCAGCGCCGAGGGGAAACCGGGAUACAGCGGGGUGGGGCUGCUGGCCAAGACUGAGCCCCUCAAGGUCACCUAUGGCAUAGGAGCCCCCGAGCACGACUCGGAGGGCCGGGUGAUCACGGCCGAGUUCCCGUCUCUCUUCGUGGUCAGCGCCUACGUGCCCAACGCGGGGCGGGGCCUGGUGCGCCUGGAGCCGCGGCUGCGCUGGGACUCGGCCUUCCUGGAGUUCCUGCGGGGCCUGGACGCCCAGAAACCCGUCCUGCUCUGCGGGGACCUCAACGUGGCGCACCAGGAGAUCGACCUGUGCCACCCCGGCUCCAACCGCGCCAGCGCCGGCUUCACGCCGCAGGAGCGCGAGGGCUUCUCGCGCCUGCUGGGCGCCGGCUUCGUCGACUCCUUCCGCCGCCUGUACCCCGAGGCGCGCGGCGCCUACACCUUCUGGACCUACCUGGGCGGCGCCCGCGCCCGCAACGUGGGCUGGCGCCUCGACUACUUCGUGCUGUCCCGGCGCCUGGCGGACGACGCCCUGUGCGACAGCAAGAUCCGCAGCGCCGUGCCCGGGAGUGACCACUGCCCCAUCACCGCCUACCUGGCCAUGUAGGGCCGUGCCCGGGAGUGACCACUGCCCCAUCACCGCCUACCUGGCCAUGUAGGGAGUGACCACUGCCCCAUCACCGCCUACCUGGCCAUGUAGGGAGUGACCACUGCCCCAUCACCGCCUACCUGGCCAUGUAGGGAGUGACCACUGCCCCAUCACUGCCUACCUGGCCAUGUAGGGCCGUGCCCGGGAGUGACCACUGCCCCAUCACCACCUACC